ACAUCUAGGGAAGUGCGCAAUGCGCCAAUAAUAGUGUACCAUUGAUACAAACAAGGAAGUGUGUUCAGUUUUAUAUAAUCGUGAAAGUAACAGACAGUAUAAUCCAAAUUAUGGAAGGAAUGGAUUUACUAAUACUUACUCUCUUGGGAUGGAUUUACCAAACAACUGCUGAGAGCGAAGUGUGUGUCUCAAUCGAUGCAUCAACAAAUUUCAUAAAAACCGGAGAAGCCUUUUCUAUUGAUUGUAAUAUUUUUGGAUUAAGCGGAGUCGAUCUUUUAACAUUAAAUGUAGAAAUUCUUUUGAGACAAAAUCAGUUUAUCAAAAGAAUAGUAAAAGGUUCAAUAUCGAAUUUCGAAAACAACGAUUUACCGGAAAACGAUAAUUAUAGCAGGAUGGUAUAUUUCUAUUACAAAGAUGAUGAUUACAACAAAAGAACCAUAGUGAGGUUACACGUCUCAAAUGCCAGCAAUUUGGACGAAGGAUUAUAUAUAUGUUAUGCGACUCUCUCGGACAAAAAUAUAACAAAAUAUAACAGUAAAAGACUUUAUACAAGCAAUUCAAGCAGAGCAGGAAACCUUACUGAGUACGUAAUUAUGCCAAAACCUAACGCUUCCUCGCCGACUUUGACCCCGUUUGAUUGCAGUGUAUUCGAGAACGAUUCGAUUGCACACCAAAUCAGACUUCGUCCAAAUGAAUCUGCAUUUUACUCCGUUCUACCAACGUUUAGUGUUAACAAUAACAUUAUUGUUAUAUCCAAACCAUGGGUCUCUUACAAAGGAUGUUACAACUAUACUGUAAAUAAAUUUAAAGAAGAGGACUGUACAACAAUCGAUGUCACUGAAUGGACCAAAACAAUUGACCGUCUACCUUUAAUUGGAGUCACGAGGCUAAAUAAAUGUAUUCUAUUGGAUCAAAGUGAAAAUGCCACUGGUAAACGAGUGUCAUAUGAGUAUUGCCGAGAAGAUAAAAAGGAUUCCUAUGAAUAUAUAGAGUUGUAUUCCAUCAUAGAUGGUUCAUAUAGUCUAUCUUUCAUUGGAGAAGAAAGUUCAACUUGUAAUGCAGCUUACAUUGAUAUAGAAGAGAACAAAUUCUGGGGAAUACCAUGUUCAGAGACAGCUCGCUGUGAUGCAUUUUGUCUUCGACAUGAUGGAUCAAACGUCACGGAACAUGAUAACAAGCAAUGGAAAGAUGCCAUGGAUUUUUGCAUCAGUCUAAACAAGUCACUGCCAGGCAUUGAAUCCGAUUUACUCAAAUCACCACUGAGUCACAUAGUUAACAACUCAUUAAUCUGUCUGGCCGUAUACCAAAACUUAUCUAUCAUGUUUCGACCAGUUAUCAAACAAAUAAAGAACAUAGACGGCAACACAACUGUCCAACCAACCAACAACACUCGUGGUCUUCCAUUCUUAUGCCGAGUCAAAACGGAUUCAAGCAGAGCAGGAAACCUUACUGAGUACGUAAUUAUGCCAAAACCUAACGCUUCCUCGCCGACUUUGACCCCGUUUGAUUGCAGUGUAUUCGAGGACGAUUCGAUUGCACACCAAAUCAGACUUCGUCCAAAUGAAUCUGCAUUUUACUCCGUUCUCCCAACGUUUAGUGUUAACAAUAAAAGUAUUGUUAUAUCCAAACCAUGGGUCUCUUACAAAGGAUGUUACAAUUAUACUGUAAAAAAUUUUAAAGACGAGGACUGUACAACAAUCGAUGUCACUGAAUGGACCAACACAAUUGACCGUCUACCUUUAAUUGGAGUCACGAGGCUAAAUAGAUGUAUUCUAUUGGAUCAAAGUGAAAAUGCCACUGGUAAACAAGUUUCAUAUGAGUAUUGCCGAGAAGAUAAAAAGGAUUCCUAUGAAUAUAUAGAGUUGUAUUCCAUCAUAGAUGGUUCAUAUAGUCUAUCUUUCACUGGAGAAGAAAGUUCAACUUGUAAUGCAUCGUACAUUGAUAUAGAAAAGAACAAACUCUGGGGAAUACCAUGUUCAGAGAUAGCUCGCUGUGAUGCAUUUUGUCUUCGACAUGAUGGAUCAAACGUCACGGAACAUGAUAACAAGCAAUGGAAAGAUGCCAUGGAUUUAUGCAUCAGUCUAAACAAGUCACUGCCAGGCAUUGAAUCCGAUUUACUCAAAUCACCACUGAGUCACAUAGUUAACAAUUCAUUAAUCUGUCUGGCCGUAUACCAAAACUUAUCUAUCAUGUUUCGACCAGUUAUCAAACAAAUAAAGAACAUAGACGGCAACACAACUGUCCAACCAACCAACAACACUCGUGGUCUUCCAUUCUUAUGCCGAGUCAAAACGGAUUACGAAAAGCCAGUCCCUUGUAUCAACACUUCACAAACGGUUAGUAACGUGUUUACACCAACAAUAGGUCAAAAUACCGGGGUACCACCUACUAGGCAAAGUGUUCCUUUUCUAGAUUCCAAGCUGAUCGUCAUAAUAGCACCAUCUUCCGUUGGUUUCCUGUUGAUUGUUGUUGUUGUGUCUUGCGUCAUCCACAGGGUCAAGAGAAAUCGAAAAAAUCAAGGAAUUCGUAAUACUGGUCUUACGAGCAAAGAAUACAUCUAUUCUCAGCCGGUUAAUAUACAAGAAGCAGUAAUAGAGAACAUUCAAAGAGAACCAAUCAAUAAUAUCGAACAGCUGGAAGAGGACUAUUCAAAGCUUCAUUCAGCUGACAAAAUCAAGUUCAAUAAUACGUUAGAGGAUGAAUACGCAAUGACCGACCAAAGUAGUGAAUAUGAUGUUUUAAGGAAUACAAGGGAAAACCAAGAGGUUUCAGUCGAUGCGAACAUUUAUGACAGGACAAAUAAUUCAGUCAGUGGGAUUUAUGAUACUACUUUACAGACACCAGAUAACGAUACUUACAACUUAUAAAUUUGUCCACAUAUUUAACAGUUCCACUGAGUGUACAUGCAAUGUUACUCAAUGGGUGAAUAACUUAUUUUUAUGAUUUUAUUAUUUAAAAUGGCGAGUGCUUAGACAUGAUGUUGGUUUUUAAGGUCAUGUCGAUUUUUUUUUAUUGUCAAGAACUAGAAUUAAAGCUUCCGUUAUCUUUACAUAAAUACUUUUAUUGUUUAACUAUUUUGGUUUACUAUUUAUUUUAUUACUUUUGUUUGUAAACCAUUUCAUUGUUAUAUAUUUUAAAUAAAGACUAUAUAAUAAAUAACAAAGAAAUCCGCGCAUGUUGGUAAUAUUGGCCUCAAUUGAUUAAACAAUUUGCGGUCUAUGAAG